UGUAUUAACAGUGGACCUGGUAUAGCAGGAUAUGGAGAGGAAAAUGGAAGUGAAUUUGUCGCCUCAUCAGGUGAGCACAUGAGUUCGUAGUGAAAAGAAGUAAGCUUACUUUAUACUUAUACUGAAACUAUUUGUGGUUGUAUUUAUCCACGAAUGGAUGAACAGGAAAAUAUGGCUACCUUUUUUUUCAAGUUUAGCCAUUGUACCCCGAGAGAAAAACUGGUUUUUAGUUGGUUUCCAAAACUGGCCAGAAUGCGUUGACUAUAAGUUACUCCUGGCUUUACAAAGCAGUUCGUCUAAGACUAAUUCUUCCAAAGAAGAGGGGACGUCGAUAACGCAUGGGUCGUCCACGCACGCAUGUAUAAUCAAGAAGAGGUAAUUUUGGCACUUGCUUAACAUCCAAAACCAUUCUCCCAGUGAGAAAUAUUAUCGAGAGUAACGAGGGACUUCUUGACAUACCGGUACAUUUAUUUGUUUAUGUACUAUUACAUUUUUUAUCUUGCCAUCCAAUAGUUAUAUUUCCUUUCACUGAUUAAACUUUUGCAUCAAGAAACUGAAUUGCUGUCGUUGCUUUGCAGCCGAGGGAGGGUCGUUGUUGCCAAGGAUACCAUAUGAAGAGGGAUUUCAUCGUUUUGUUGUGCGAAUAGACCGGAUCGGUCUAAAAGAUGCGCAUGUUUACCUAAAUCCUUUCAUCACUGUCUCUGUUAAAGGUACUGAUAAAACAUUUCGCGCUUUAGUUAACUGACAUUUACAAUCAUAAAUAGAAAGCGCGAACAUUACGAUAUUGUGUGUUGUGUGUAGUGUGCGUUAUACUGCGUUUUUCGUUAUCGAACGUGUGUAACGAGCAUGACUUGCUUGCAAGAUUGAACUCAGUUCCUCUACUAGAAAAGGGGCGGGCUUGCAUUCUGUAGAGCGUGAAAUUGUGUCAGUCAGGAAAACGUUUUCUUCUUUGUCACCGGCCAGAAUGUUAUCUUCUGAGCAUGGAGUGAACCUAAAGCAUUAAUUCCGUUCACCUGUGAAGGGAAAGCGCCCGUGAAGGAAGCAAACUGAAAUAACCAGAUCAUUUCAUUUCUCCACCAACUAUUUUUUUUCCUUAACUAUCCUGUCCCUGAAAAGAGGCGCUUAAUUGAAAUAUUCACCUUCACUAGACCGUGUCAGAGACAGACUGAGGCUGAGACUGAGACUGUGACUGCGUGAGCAUACUUUCUUUUUAGUGGAGUUCACCGCGAGACACGAGAAACGAGGGCGUCUCGUCUCGUCUCAGAAAUAAGAGAGAAUGCCUGACUUGUUACAUGUUUUUUUCAUUCCUGCAGACGCUAACAGUGUUAAUGUGACCCCGCCCCAAGAUACACCCAUGUCAAACAGAAAAGAUGGAAAAUACAUCAACUUUGGUUUUGAUGUGGAGAUUCAAAAACCAAUAGAAAAGCUUCCAAGAGAUAAAAAUGAUAAUAAGCUGCGACGGAACUAUUCAAGGUUAACCUGCGUAGCAGGCGCCGGUUUUGUAAGGGCGAACGGAGAAAUUUCGUGGACGCGUGCGCGCACUAGGGAGAACGUAAAACCUAACCACAAUACUUAACCAGCGCCUUCUACGCAGGCUAAUUCCAGGCUAACGAACGUGUCUUUCUUUCGAGACGUUGAAAUGGUAAGAAAAUUUUUUUCCUCAUAAUUAAUUUUUUUUUUUGUUUUAUCCUGUCUUUCUUUCGAAGGUACAGCGAUAUUUUUCGAAUUCAAGCACUACAAACCCAAAAAAGACAUCGUGAGUACGAGAUGUUUCGCAUUCAUGGAACAAGAUGAGUUCAAGCCGGGUCCCGCCUGCAUAGAACUGUAAGUAGGCAGGCUUUGCUUAUAAACGGCGAAGUUUUUGAUUUUUUUGUGGGGCCACUGGUUCCGUGUACUACGACUAGCCCCUCAUUAGGGCUCACGAAAUACGCGAGCGCGCGUGAGAUUCGCUGCCCGCGAUGACAGGCUACACGUGGUGGAAGGAGAGAAAUGAGAGACCUUCAUUUUCUCUUCUUCCUCUGUCUCGCCAACGAGUGUCUCUCUUUCCUGUUUUUGCUGUGUCUCCUGUGUCUCGCGGCGAUUUUCACCGGCGCUCGCGUACUUUGUGCAUCCUAUUAUCCCUGAGAAAGUCUGUUCCAGAAGUUUAGAUUGUGGACAGUGGCGCGAAAUCCACCUCUCGCCGCCCCAUCUCUGCUAACUUCUCUUUGUGCACUGCACACUGUCUCAAUCCCUGGAAAAGGCUGUCUCCGAAGGUAGUCAAGGACCGCUCGUAUUUUACUGAAUCUGCUAGCUUUCAAUUAACAAAGCUAACCGGAUUAACCUGUUCUUUUAGGUAUCAGAAGCCAACAGACUUUCACCGCAAGAGGUUAAAUCUUUUGACGCAAAAACCGCCUUAUCUUCAUGUGACACUCAACAUUCUUGAUGAUUAG